UAAAAAAAGAAAUAAAUGUCUCCAUAUUAUUACAUUUCUGCCUGAACCAAUCAGAUAAAACACAUUUCUAAUGAAUUAUCAUGUAUUUAUUGGUGAAAUAUAAAGAAAACCGGUUUUUAAAGGCGACUUUCCUCAGUUACCCAAGAGCCAGAAACUCAUCUGAGAUACUUAUGAAGGCCAUGAGAAAAGAUGUGGAGUAGGAGGGUAGCGGAAAUACCUCUGCACCAAUCAGAACGCAGGAUCUCAUUAUUGACUGUCCGGUCAGCCAAUCAGAGGAGACCAUACCUCUCCGUGGCCCAGAGCUGGGAUAAUGUUCUUCACAGCUGUUUUUUCCCCCCUCUUUCUGAAGUCAUGGCAGGAUUCAGGCAGGAUUAAACUUCCAGUUUGCUGAACGGUGAAUAAACCGGGAACUUUUACCGCUGAGACCUGCGUGCACAGCUCCGUCCGGUGAGGUAAUGUCUCUGAAAUGUUCAAAUGCCAUUCCCAGCUGCAGCGGGCUGUAGCCCCAGGCUGCUCCGGGUUUGCUUUUUAAGCUUCGUCCCAGUUGAAACAGUUUACUGGGGCACCAUGCGGACGCUCCGCUCCGAAGUCUCUGCACGGUUCCGCUUGAACGAGACCAAGAAUUUUCAACUGUCCACAGACGGACUGUGAGGAAGCGUGAGGUCCGACAGUGACCCAGACCGGGCGGCCAGACCUCAGUAGACCCUGCCGGGAUUACUGUGGAAGAAGUCCGAAAACAAAGGAAACUUUUGUUCUUCUUUCUUUCCCCCCCGCUGGGAAUAAACACAGGAGUUUGGAGAAAGUUCAAAAAGUUUUGACGCGCGCGUGCGCUUCCUUUGAUGUGAGCGCAGACAGGUUCUUCUGAUCCAGGUGGUUCCAGGUGUGAGGAUGGUGGAGAGCCGGAGCUGCGUCCAGAGGGAGGGGGUGUACCGCUGGUUCUCCACCCUCACCUCCGCCCAGAGAGCGGAGUUCCUCUGCGGCCUGCUGGACCUCUGCAUCCCCAUCGAGCUGCGCUUCCUCGGCUCCUGCCUGGAGGACCUGGCCCGCAAGGACUACCACUCCCUGCGGGAUGCGGAGAUCAAAGCCAACAACCCCGCGGACCUCUCGGGACUCACCAACGUCACGGACGAGGUGGUCCGCAGCAAGCUGCUGGUGUCGCUGGCGCUGCUGGGCACAGACAACCGGGAGGCCGCGGGGGUCUUGUACCGGACCCUGACCCACAUCGACACGGUGAUCAACAACUACGGGCUGGCGCUGAACGACGGCAGGACGGAGGAGCAGUUCCUGCUGCUGUUCACCAUGGCCUCCAACCACCCGGCCUUCAACUUCCACCAGAAACAGGUGCUGAGGCAUCAGCUGGGCCACAUCCAGGACAUCCUGCAGGCUAGCAGCGGAGGAGGAGGAGAAGCUGCAGCAGAAGCUGGCAGUGAUGGAGCUGCUGGUUGCUAUGGCGCUCAGCCUCACCACCACUACCACCAUCAGGCCGCCGCCGCCGCCGUGCCUCAGGCCUCCCUGCCCAACGCCAGCACCACUUGCCUGCCAACCUGCUACUGGCACAAGAACCAGAGCAGAGAAGCGUCGACGGGGUCAGGCCCGUCCUCCGGCGCAGAGUUGGGAAACGAAGAGCAGGCGGUCCACCAGGAGCUGCCGGCUCUUCGCCCAGAGCGCCGCUCUCCUCCGCCGCCCCUGAAGGUCCAGGAUGCAAGCAGGAGCCGCCAGGAGAAAGCAGCGAAAGCUGUGAUUGAGCGGGUGGUGCUCAGAAGAGCGAUACACAAGCCAGAGAACGGCAGCGAAUAUGUGUUUGAGGUGGGCUGGUCCGACGGUUUUACGUCAUCUGUGGUCAGAGCUCAACAGGAAGUGGCAGAGCUGAUAUCCCAGCUCUCUCAGGUGUUUCCUGACGAUGGACUGGAGAAGUUCCUCCCUCAGUCCGUAGAGGUCGACACCAGGUGUCUGGCUGCGCUGCCCGGCCCCGUCCUGCAGCAUCACUCCGUCCAGCUGUUCUUCAACUCCAGCCGACCUCUGACCCCCAGCUGCCCCGUGUCUCCUCCCUCCACCAGGUUACCUCCCACUUUCCCCACCUGCUCAGCCUCCAACACCGGCUGCAUGAUGCAGUACAGAGGAGCCAACAGGGCGGUGUACCGGGUGGCCAGCGUCCAGCCCGUGGUCAGCACCCACAGCUCGGUUCUGACCCGCUCCCCGCCUCACCUGUCCUCCCUCCUGUCUCCCCCCACGCCGCUGACUCCCUCCAUGCACCACCUCCACCCUCCGCCCAUCACGCAGUCGCUGCACCUGUCCCACUCCCCCUCCCUGACCCGCUCCCAGUCCCAUCCGGCCCAGUUAACGCAGAAUCAACCCAGCACGCCGGAGCAGAACGGCAUCCUGGACUGGCUGCGUAAACUCCGGCUCCAUAAGUACUACCCAGUCUUCAAACAGCUCACCAUGGAGGAGUUUUUAGCGCUGACGGAGGAAGACCUCAACAAGUACGACUUGACCCAGGGAGCGAAGAAGAAACUCAAGACUCAGCUGGAGCUUCAAAAGUCAGCAGACAGGGAGAUGAAGACUGAGAAGCGACCCUGCAGCGGCAUCGCCAGGGUGACCCCGUCCAGUCACAUGGGAAUCUCAGUGCACCCCACCUCCACCGCAGGAGAGCUGCGAGUGGAGGUGGACGGAGUGCCGCAUCUUCCUCUUCCUCCUCCUCCUCCUCAUCUGAUGUCCACAGACAGCAGCUCCUCCUGGAUGUCGCUCUGCUGCGACUCAGCCUUCGACAGGAGCAGAGCCGCUGUGGGCCGUCCGAAUGCCGCCAGCGGUACGGAGAAGGAGCGCUUCCUGUUGAGCUCUGCCGGUCCGGCCCGUCCCACGGCUCAGGUUCUUCCGGUUCAGACCGACCCGGCGCCCCUCCACCCCCCGUCCUGCUCCUCCCACCUCCCCUUCAGCGCCCUGCAGACAGCUUUCCUGCCGCAGCCCAGCUUCCCGACACGCGUCCUGUCCUCUCCUAGGAAGCCACGCCCCUCGCCACUGGGCGCAGAUGACCGGGCGAAGCCGCUGGGCGCCGUGGCGGCAGGAGCCGGGUUCAGCCUGGGGCCCGGGGUCGGCGUGGCGGCGCGGCUGGAGAGCCAGUUCUCUGGGCUCAGCGUGGCGGACAGCGGCCUUCAGGAGGCCUCGGCGUGCCGCACGCAGCCCGGCGGCACUGUGGGUCUGAUGAUAGAAACAAGCUCCGCCCUCACCUCCACCUCCAACAGCCUGCACCAUGUCUCCCAGCCCCCGCUCCUCUUCCACCUGUCCUCCUCCCCGGCCGGGUAUCACAUCCACCCCCCCGCCGCCUGCGCCCCGCCCGCCAACGCCGCUGGGAACCAGUACUACCAGUCUACCUCCAGCCCCGCCCUGCCCACAUCCUCCCCGCCCUCCUCCGAUCACAACGCUUCCGUGUGCGUCUGCAGCUCCUGUGGUUGCCGCGGUAACUGCAGCCCGUACGCGGCGUUGCCUGGAUACGCCGCCGCCGGCUACCUGCAGCCAUCUUUGUUCACCCUGGGGCCGCUGCUCCACCUCAGCCCACUCAUCGCCUCGUCCAGCGCCGCCGCCCCGCCCUUCUCCUACUCCAUGAUGGUCCCGCCUCCGCUCUACCGCCAGAGCCCCACGUCACAUGACCAGCAGCAGGGCUUCAGGUUCUACCAGCCGCACGGCAUUGUGGGAAAUGGAGGCCAGAAGCGUGCGGCAGGAAACAUGUCAUGCUACAACUGCGGCGGCGGCGGACAUCGAGCCGAGGACUGCAAGCAGGCGGCGAUGGACUCAGCGCAUCAGGGAACGUUUCGGCUGAAGUUCACUCCUCACUCUCAGAGCAAAGACUCAGGAGAAUAAACCACGGAGAGGCGGUGACCUUUGAACUGCUGGAACAAAUCAGCGAGUUGGUGAAACGCUGAUGGAGAAACGGUUCAACUUUCCAACAAAGCGGAGCUUCAGACUCAGACUAACUACAGGAAGAGCUUCAUGCUUCCUCACCACGGAGGCAGCUGCUCUGCCAAACCACGGAGUGUUUAGACUUUAGACCAAACUUUGGGUUUUCACUUUUCAGACUGUAAUUUCAGUGUCAUCCUUCAUUUUAACACUCGCCGUUAUGCUGCAGUCGGGUUUCAAUCGGCUGAAUUCCACAUACACAAUCAUAUUCAAAAGGAGAUUUUAAAACGGGGUGAAACUUUUCUCUCUUUUUCCAGCGUCGACCCAAACCGACGAGGCGUUCAGGUGACGGCCGCUACAGAACUGCCAAUCAUGUUUCAGGCAGCAGCUGAGUUGAACGUCGCUGCUGAUCAGCAGCGUUGUCGUCGUUUAUGUCGCCUCUGCAGCGUUUCUACCUCAGAUCUGAGCUGAAGGCAGAAUCAUGUGACGUUUACAUCGAAACGUUUCAAAAACGCCGACUUCCACUCCCUCCUCCUUCAGAUUAAACCGAAUUAGUGUCAAACGUCUAUGAGGCAAAUGUUUUUGUAUCGCUAUCAUUUUAAAUGUAUCAAAAAGAUGUCUGCUGCCCAAAAGCAGUGCAGUUGAUUGACAUUUGAUUAUCUCUAAUUAGUACAAUUAAACAUUAGUGGCACAAAAAAAACAAAACUGCAGCACAAACCUGCACAAAUAUAGCACAAUUAAUUUAGAUCAAAUUUGUUAGAUUUGUUCAUUUUGAUUGGAUAAAUAAACUUUUUUGCUGCACUAAACUAGUGCUGUUGACUAACACCAUAUCUGUUAGACUUUGUAAAUAUGUGUGUUGCAGUUGACCUUUGAUGACCUCUCCAGGGAUUUAUUAAUAUCUUUAAAAUGAUUGUGGCACAAAUAAAAAUUUUGCAGCACAAAUCUCUGGGAAAUUUUUGCAGCAUGCUUGAUUGAUGCCACAUUUCGUUUGAUUUUGUAAAUAUGUGGGGCCUGGUUGACCUUUGAUGACCUCUGGAAACAUUCGUUAUCUUUAAAAUGAUAGCGGCACAAACACAUUUUUUGCAGCACAAAUGUUUGACACCAAUUUGGUUUAAUUUGAAGAAGUUUUGUGGGGCCAAUUUCACUCAGGUCCGACUUUCUCCGUGUUUGGUUCGGUUUUCCUGCUUUUCGCUGCUCCUGCAGACUAGCGGCUGCCCUGCCUGGCAGCACGGCGACGUGUUCAGGAAGUAUCGGUGUGUGUGUUGGGGUCUGAGGUGUGUGAUUCUGGGCUGGACCCAGAUCUGCUCUGCUCCCCUGCAGGGAAGGCAUAAAGCAAGAAGGGGAUUUAAUUUAAAAUACUAAGUUCUGAUGGAAAUAAAUAAAAAAGGUUCGUUUGUGUUUUGAGGCUCAGAUGAUUGUAUAAAAAUGUUCUGGGUUGUAUUAUUAUUUUGGGGGAAUCUCUAGUUCAACUUUUAUAGUUUUUGCUCCUGUUUGUUUUUUUUUUGUUUUUUUUCCAGCAGCGUCUGAUGUUACUUUUUAAAAUGUUUUGUUUGCAAAUGUUUCAGCAGUUUGUCUGGAGUUCAGGUUUUAUAUUGUCUGUUUGAUAGUUUUUCUUCAGAUUUAAGGCUCAUUAUGUCUUUAUUUCUUUGUUAACAUUGUAAUAUAAAGAAUUUAGUGCCUUCAUUAUUCACA